AUGAAGGGUGUGCUGUCGGGCAAGCAAAACUUUCUCCCAACACACGAGCUGGCGGUGCAAACGCAGACCCAAGCCCUCGCGAACGGCCACAUCCAGACCGACUUCAACCUCGUCCCCGGCCCCGGCACGCAUUGGUUCCGGUACCGCGGGGAGUGGUUCCAAGUGAAGCGCAUGCGGGAGCAGAAGGCAAUGGACCUCGCGACGGGCACGCCGUGGGAGACGAUCACGCUCACGGGCCUCAGCAGCAGCCGGGAGCUGUUCCCGGCUUUGCUGAACGAGGCGCGCGAGCUCGCCGAGCAACACAAAGAGGGCAAGCUCAUCACCUACACGGCGAUGGGCUUUGAGUGGAAGCAAUUCGGCAAGCCCAAGCCGCGGCGCCCCCUCUCCUCCGUCGUGCUGCAAGAGGGCAAGGCGGAGAAGAUUGCCGACGACCUCAAGGCCUUCCUCGCGCGCAACAAGUGGUACGCCGAGCGCGGCAUCCCGUACCGUCGCGGAUACCUCCUGCACGGCCCGCCGGGCAGUGGCAAGACAUCCUUCAUCCAGGCUCUCGCGGGCGCAGUGCACUACAACAUUUGCACGCUCAACAUUGCCGAGCGCGGCAUGCAGGACGACAAGCUCAACAUGCUCCUCAGCACCGUGCCAGAGCGCUCGUUCAUUCUGCUCGAGGACAUUGACGCCGCAUUCGCCAAGCGCGUCGUCCAGGGCGCCGACGGGUACCAGUCUGGCGUCACGUUUAGCGGCAUCCUGAACGCGCUCGACGGCGUCACGUCCUCGGAGCAACGCAUCAUCUUCAUGACGACCAACCACCCCGAGAAGCUCGACCCCGCCCUCAUCCGCCCCGGACGCAUUGACGUGAAUGAGCUCAUCGACGAUGCAGACGGAGAGCAGGCGUACAGGCUCUUCAUCAAGUUCUACGGCCGCAACAUCAACGAGAUCAUUGACGAGGAGAAGGGAUCAGGCGGGCUCAUGAAUGAGGAGGAGCUCAGUCAGGAGGAGGUCGAGAGGCUUGGACGACAGGUGCAGGACAUGGUCGAAUCGGCUCGUGAGCAGGGAAGGAGGGUCUCCAUGGCCAGUCUCCAGGGACACUUCAUCCGACAUGGUGCCGUCGACAGCCUCGAGGGCAUCCCGGACCUGUGCGUUUCGCGGCCGCCGUACGGCGUCGAGUCCGAGUCGUCGUAG